AUGGCAGACCAUGUUUCGUUGAGUGUGCCUGAUGAAUCCACAUGUGUUGAUGAUGAUGGCCGUCCCAAAAGAAGUGGUACAGUUUGGACUGCAAGUGCACACAUAAUAACGGCUGUGAUUGGUUCUAGAGUUCUUUCAUUACCUUGGGCUACUGCUCAGCUUGGAUGGAUUGCUGGACCUUCUGUUUUGCUACUCUUCUCUGCUGUUACUUACUACACUUGUAGUUUUCUGUCUGAUUGUUAUCGUACAGGAGAUCAACUUACUGGAAUAAGAAACUAUACUUAUAUGGAUGUUGUUCGAAGCAAUCUUGGUGAUGUUCACGUUAAGAUUUGUGGGGUUAUUCAAUACGUAAAUCUUGUUGGAGUUGCAAUUGGUUACACAAUUGCAUCUUCUAUUAGCAUGGUUGAAGUAAAAAGAUCUAACUGUUUCCACAAAAAUGGUCAUGAUCACGCUUCUUGCAAUAUUUCAAGCACACCCUACAAGAUCAUGUUUGGAGUCUUGGGAAUUGUCUUGUCACAAAUCCUAAAUUUUGAUAAGAUUUCGUGGCUUUCUAUUGCCGCAGCUCUUAUGUCCUUCACUUACAAGACCAUUGGUCUUGGCUUAGGAGUUGUCAAAGUUGUACAAACAGGAAAAAUACAAGGGAGUAUAAGUAUUGGAACUGAAAUCGACAAGGUAUGGAAAAGCUUUCAAGCUCUUGGAGCUAUAGCUUCUGCUUAUUCUUACUCCCUCAUCCUUAUUGAGAUUCAGGAUACACUGAUCAAAUCACCAUCAGCAGAAGCAAAGACGAUGAAGAAGGCAACACAAAUAAGUCUGGUAGUAACAACUGUUCUCUACAUGCUAUGUGGCUGCUUUGGCUAUGCAGCAUUUGGAGACCAAUCACCAGAAAACCUACUGACUGGAUUUGGAUUUGACGAUCCAUAUUGGCUACUGGACAUCGCAAACGUUGCCGUCAUUAUCCACCUAGUAGGUGCAUAUCAAGUUUCCUGCCAAACCCUUUUUGCUUUUGUUGAAAAAAAAACAGGUGAAUGGUACCCAGACAGCAACAUCAUCACGAAAGAGAUCGAUAUCCCGAUCCAUUGCUGCAAGCCCUUCAAGCUCAACUUUUUCCGUCUAAUUUGGAGGACUAUUUUCGUGAUAACCACCACUUUCAUUUCUGUGCUGAUACCAUCCUUUAACAACAUCGCUGACAUUCUUGGAGCGUUUGCAUUUUGGCCACUUACAGUAUACUUCCCAAUAAAAAUGUACAUUGUCAAAAACAAUAUUCCCAAAUGGAGUGGUAGGUGGAUUUGCCUUCAGUUGCUUGGUGGAGCUUGCCUUGUUAUCUCAAUUGCUGCAGCUGUUGGUUCUUUUGCUGGACUUGUUUCUGAUUUAAAAGCUUACAAGCCUUUCAAGUAG